UCGACCGUAUUUCCAAUGUAUCACCAUGGCCUAAAUGGACUGGUGGCAUGCACGGAGAAGAAACCUACUACGUCUUUGGUGAGCCGCUCAAUGCAACCAAGGGGUACAGUGAGGCAGACAAAAAACUGAGCAAGGAAAUGAUGAAGUACUGGGCUAACUUCGCCAGAACAGGGGAUCCCAACAAAGAUGACAAAGGCCAAACGACUUCUGUUACAUGGCCGAAAUACGACACCACACAAAAGAAGUACUUAAAACUUGCCGAAAAACUUGAAGAAGGAUCAAAGUACAGGGAGGAUCAAUGCACAUUCUGGAAAACUCUUGGACAACAUGUUUCAACAAACGAAUUAGACACAUCAACAUCCAAAUAAAAUAUGUUCAUAAAAAACUCAGAACAUUAAACUUACAUUUCUUGCGA